AUGUCGACACCAGAGGAAUCGCCAGCCCAGCGGGCUUCUCGUCUGCGACGAGAGCGUCGUGAAGCCAAAAUCAAGGAGGGAGGCUCAGCACGCCUUGACAAGAUCACCAGCUUGAGUGGUCGCACUCCGCAGUCAGUUCACGAAGAUGCCUCACCAUCCCCACAGCUCGCCGUCUCCCCUUCGCCCUCGCCAGUGCCGCAAAAUCGACCUUCGCCAUCACCGCAACCCAACAUGAACAUGCCGUCCGACGAGACCCUCCAAGCACAACAAGAAGCUUUCCGCGCUAUGCUUCGGCAAUCGGCCCCCGAACAAGGCCAGGGCCAACAGGGCCAGCAGGGCGAUGAUAUGGAGGACCCUACCAUCAAACUACUCAACUCACUAUUGGGUGCCAUGCCUGGGGAUCCUAACGGACCUCCCCCCGGGUGCUGGUGCUCCUCCUGGCGCCAUGCCUGGCCAAGAACAACCCGGCCUCAACCCAGCAUGCUCGGUGCAGCGACCCAACAGCCGACAGAGCGGGAACAGAAAGCCACCCGUCUCUGGAAGGGCCUGCACAUAGUCUUUGCGAUCGGAGUCGCGGUCUACCUAUUGUUCAUCAUCGGAGCGUCAGUUGCGACAUUCGGCAGCCCGCCCCCAAAACCCGCCACGGCACAAAACCCAUUCCUGAUUUUCGUCACCGGAGAGGUACUCCUGACAAGCGGUCGGGCUUUGACGAGUGCGAAACAAGGUGGGAUUGGCAUGGUUAUUCAGCUCUUUAAGGAUGUGGUGCGAGAUGGUAGCCUUGUGCUGUUUGCGUUGGGCAUGGGAGCUUGGUAUACCCAAGAGUGGCAGACUGUUGGAUGA